GCAGGCGUCCGGGCUCCAGGCGCGGCCGCGGCCACCGCGAGCACCGCCGACGGCCCCGCAGCCACGUGCAGCUCCCGGCGCAAUGGACCCGGCGCUGGCGGCGCGGAUGAGCGAGGCGAUAGCGGAGAAGGUGCUGCAGUACCGGCGAGACGCGGCCGGCUGGAAGAUUUGCCGGGAAGGCAAUGGAGUUUCAGUUUCCUGGAGGCCUUCUGUGGAGUUUCCAGGGAACCUGUACCGAGGAGAAGGCAUUGUGUGGGGGGCACCAGAGAAGGUGUGGGACUGCAUAAAGCCAGUUGCUGGGGGCCUACGAGAAAAGUGGGAUGAGAACGUGACCGGUUUUGAAAUUAUCGAAAGCAUCACUGAUACACUGAGCGUAAGCAGGACCACCACCCCCGCGGCUGCCAUGAAGCUCAUUUCUCCCAGAGAUUUUGUGGACUUGGUGCUGGUCAAGAAAUACGAGGAUGGCGCCUUCAGUUCCAAUGCCUCCAAUGUGGAGCAUCCGUUGUGUCCCCCGAAGCCAGGCUAUGUGAGAGGAUUUAACCAUCCUUGUGGUUGCUUCUGUGAACCUCUGCCAGGCCUCAGUCGUGUGUUCUCCUGUUCCGCACCCCGAGCACACACAAAGUCCAGCAUCCACCCGGAAGGAAACGUGGUCACUGAGGAGCCCAACAAGACCCGCCUGGUCACAUUCUUCCACACCGACCUCAGUGGCUACCUCCCACAGACCGUGGUGGACUCCUUCUUCCCCCGCAGCAUGGCCAGGUUUUAUGCCAACCUUCAGGAGGCAGUGAAGAAAUUCCAAGACUGAUGCUGUUGCUGACAAACAACUCUUCUGAUUCAUUGAGGAGCUCCAGAUGCUGAGGAACUGGAGAGCCUGGGAGAGGCUGAGGGCCUGUUUUUGGCUCUUUGGAACAUGAGAUAGGACAGAGGACAGCCAGACUCUGAGAACACCAGCCAGUGGCUGCAGCCCAACCCCUUCCAGGAGGGUUUUGCUUGGGAGGUGCCAUUCACGCAGCCUGUGCUCCAUCUGCCCAUUACCCAAACACCUCCUUGGGCAGAGUGGACCAGGCUUCUGGCCAUCCCACAGAGACUCAGUCCAGGCACUUAGGUGAUCCUUUCUGAUCCAAUGUCUAUAUUUGUCUGUCUCUAUCAAAAAUGUGUUUCCCUGUUUGUCUAAAUGAACCAUCAGCAAUAAUGAAAACCAGGCCCUGCUGCCCUCUUAGCCUCUAGAGCCCUCUCAGACCUGUGCUGCAGACCCCAAUAUAUAUUUUUCUGAUAACACUAUGCAAGAUUUUUCCCCCUUAAAAAGAAGAUAACUUGUAAAAUGAUGGUUUAAAAGAUGGGAUAAGCUUUAAAGAAAAAUAUUUUCAAUA